AUGUCCACACCCCAGUCAGAUCUGAGCGAUAAGGCCGCCGCCGCGGCUGAAGACUUCUUCGCCCAGCUCUAUGUCUUCUUCGAGACGAUCAUCACCCGCUUCUUCAAAAAUGGAUACGCCUCCAUCACCCAGAUGAGCGGAAAGCGCUGGACCAAAGUCAUCGGAAGCGUGAUCAUCUACCUAAUUCUCCGACCUUACAUCGAGAAGACGUUCAAGUGGAUGCAUGACCGUGACCAGAAAAAGCAGAAGGAGAAGCGCGAUAAGGAAAAGGCCAAUUUCGGAAAGGUCAAGGUGUCGCCGAACUCUCUGCGUGCUGGUGGCGACAGUGGCAAGGGAAAGAUCCUUGGUGAAGUCGAUCACACAGAUGAUGAGCUUGAGGAUGAGGAGGAUCUUAUGGCUGCUGCUAGUGGUGUUCCUGAGUGGAAUGACAUGGCGCGCAAGCGUCAGAAGAAUUACAUCAAGCGUGUGAAGAAGGAUCAGCGUGCUGAGGAUUUGAGUCGUGAUCAGAUUAUGGAAUUAUUGGAUUGGAGUGAGGAGGAGGAGGUGGAUGAGAAGACCAAGAAGGAUCUUUGA